AUGGCCGCAUUGGUUCAAACCAUUCCACAGCAAGCCACUACAAUCACCUUGCUCCAUUCACGCCCUGCCUCGUCAUCAGGGACCUCCCAGUUACAGCAACAGCAGUCACAACAACAACAUCAAAUGGCUCGAAACACCUCGAAUACGCGUCAGUCCUAUGGCGGCGUCGCUCCUAUCACCGGCUAUAGAAACGCCCCCUCCUCCGCUGGUAACCCGCCCGUCGCACCCUAUGCUUUCACGAGUACUCCCAGUUUAGCAAACGCAGCCAAUCCGCCUUCUCAGCCUCGCCCGAACUCCCUGAUGAAAGGAGACAACUUAACCACAUCGACCCCCAUACCCUCGCAGGCAGACUCGAACCCCCCUUAUCCUGGCGUUAUUCCCUCGCGUACACACUUCCAUCAUGCUGCUGGUUCGGUAUCUACUAAUUCGUCCGCCUCCGUUACCUCUUCCAUUCAUUCUACUCGUUCGAAAGAUGAUUCAGCUCUACCCCCGCGGCACGUGAAGACUGAGCGUGCCCCCCGCCCAUUAUCCACCUUGGAUCUCUCUCUUCCUCCUCUCACAUUGUCUCCUCCAGCUUCAUCGCCUGCUUUUCCCAAACCGUCACCCGAUCGUUAUCGUCGUACCCAGCGACGCCCCGACCCAAUCAACUUGAGCGCGCCAUCUACUAAUGCCAGCAGCACUGUCGCUACCGCCCCAUUGAGCCCAUCUGCUUCGCCUGACGCAGAGCUGGGAGAGAAGUAUCCGGCUCUUUCAUUUUCUCCACCACAGCUCCCCGAGUUGACGACAAGCUUUGUACAGCACAGUCGAAAUGCUAGUGCAGACGCUGCUCCUGCCCCCGAAAAAGCUACCCCCGAGCUUGCUAAACGCUACCGUCGUAGGAGCCUUGGGAGUUUGGAUAACGGUCUCGCUAGCCUGACAACCCCAGAAUCGUCUUCAAGCUCCAAGUCACUACUUGACGCUGUAGAGACAAGCACUCAGUCAAAGCUGGGCGUAUCCCAGGCCCCAUCGUCUAAUAGUCAAGAUAACGUCGGGCCUACUACUCGCUCACCAAUUUCAGCCGAUUCUCAGUUUUCCAACUCGAAGCAAGAUUCAAAACCUGCAAACCCAACGAAUUUGCGACCCACUGUUGAAGUAUCAAAACGCCCGGGCACUUCGCCCCUCUCUCAAUCCGCCGUCAUAGAUUCCAAUGCCACAUCUGACCGUGUUGAAAGCAAGUUGCCAGAGACCUCUUCUGAACAACCCAAAUUUCAGAGUCCUGCUGCUAAACGACUAAUCGAACUCUCAAAGAAAGGCGGAAAAGGUGGAAAAUCAAGACUUCGACGCGCUUUAUCUUUCAGCAGCGUGGCUGAACUUCGUGGAGCGUCCGCUCCAGAUAGCCCAAGCAUGACUCGCAAGCAGCAACUUGACGAAGAGCUGGGUGCUGAGCAGGCCGCGAUCGCUCAGAAGCAGGAGGCCAGUGGGCUUGGUGAAAACAUAUAUUCUGGCCAGGGUCACUUUUUUACGGGAUCCACAGAUAAUAUUUCUGUUUCUUCAACUGCAUCUUCCGCCUCCAUCAUGCUACGCAAGAUGGGUAAAGGCGUGAAGAGAUCUACUCGCUCGCUUGUAGGGUUAUUUCGACCAAAAUCCCUGCAUAAUGUGUCGCUAGAGUCAAGUCGGGUAGAACCGACAAUGCCUCAGGUCUCACGAGUUACGGUUGAAGCUCAACGGGAGACUUCUACAUCCGUGAUCACGGAAACACCCGGUGUUCGUGCAGUUGACCGAAUUUCGGAAGAUUCGGCCUUGUCGAAGAAUGCCACUGAGCAGAAUGAUGUUCUUCGUUCACGUAAAAGUAUUUUGGGGGGAGAUAAGGAGAGAGCCGAAGUCCUCGCUGCUGUUAAAAAGGGUAUUCUGAAGAGUAUGCGCAAUACCCCCCUCCCUCUGCAUUUUGCAGCCACUGACACUCCGACAGAGACUCUACCUGGCGGCUCCUCCCCAGUUAUGCGUCCAUCGGAAGCCCACUUUACAGAGUCACCACGCUCUAGUGCCCCCAGUACCCCUCGGGACGAACGACCUCCUCGUUCUGGUCAUCGUCGAACCGACUCUGUGACAAUCGAAGGCGAUGAAUAUUUUCUCCCCGGUGGCCGCUUCAAUGCGGUGCGAGCAAAUAGCGCCCCUGCCACACCUCAGAACUCGGCCAAAAACAUUUCUUUCAGUCCUAGAAUUCAGUUUCAUGAUACAUGGCCCAGCGGCGAGUAUGAUCGUCGCGGGGAUAUUGCCACUUGUAAUCGUUUGACCCCUCUUUUGGCCCAGCAGAUCAAGGAGGAACUCAAUACCUUUAAAAUGGAGAUGGAAGUGCAUGAAUCAUCCAAGGUCUAUACACACUUUUUUUAA